AUGAGUGUAGGGGAAAGCCCCAAUUCUGCAUUCGAAUUCCCCACUCUAAUAUGUAACUCACCGCUCCAACGCCACGUCGUUUUCUGCGGCAAAAUCAUCCAUCGCCAACCCCAACCUUCUUCACGACACCCCUUCAUGACGCGAUCAAACUCUUACGAAAAAUGGAAACCGGUUCGGCCCGCGGAUCGAGGCCAACGGUGGGCCUCGUUGCAGUUCCCGGAUACGGGGCAUAGCCGGAAGUACGUGAACGGGCUGUUUGGGGUGGUCAAGUUUCCGGUGCAGAUGGAGCUCAGCGACAUCAGGAAGAGGCAGUCGGCGCAAUCGGCGAGGUUGGCGGCGGCGGCCGAUGGCGAGCCGCAAAAGGACGUGAGAAGUGGGUUGGAGUGGCAGCUUAUUCGAACGCUGAGGCGCAAGAGCCGGCACUGGUUGAACGCGCUUGCCUUCGUCGUUUGA